GGUUCGUUAAGACGUCGAUGAGUUUUUAUGCUCGUCGUAUUUUAAAACCGAAUACAUUUCAACCGUUGAGGGAAUACAAUUUUAACAAACGAAGUGAAUAUAUUGAGAUCGGUGCAUAGUGCAUUACACAUUAGUCAUUCUGGACAGGGCGAUAACACAUUUCUUCUUUGGUGAAAUUUGUUUGUGGAAUUUUUCGUAAAAUUGUGUAAAUUUCAACGAUUAAUUGCUCACCGGGGACAAUUUUUUUUUCUUUUCUGAUUUAAUUUCAAAAAAUUACUAAAAACGACAAAAUACUGACAAAUUUUUGUGAACAUAUGCAAACACGCGACAAAAACGCAGUUUUUCUUAAAACGCAAAACAACAGAUUUUUAUUGAGUGUUAAGUGAUUUAAAGACAGAAAAUAACGAAAAACAAUCAAACCAAUCUCGAAACAAAAAAAAAACGAGAUAACACUGGAAUCCAAAUACAAAAAUAGAAAUGAUAUAUUCUGGACAAGUAUAAAUGUAAUAAGUGACAUACGACAUUUGAUGCACCUUUUUUAUGAGUUCUGAAAAAACCACGAAAUUCAACAGAAACUUUAUUAUUUAUUCAAGAGACAAAUAGACAGAUUAGAGAUUGUGUGUGUGUUUUGAAUAUAAUUGUUUUUUAAACGAAAUUUGUAAAAUAGUGAACGGUUUUAUUGAUCGGAAGUGUGAAGUCGAGUGGAUUUUAUGAUUUUCAAAUAAAAUAAAUAAAUUCGAGAAUUUGUCGCGGUGUGUGAUUUUCAAAUAGUCUGUGUAAAAAGAAAUUAUUUUUUUUUCUCUUUCAACACAUCGGUGUAAAUAUACAUUUCGUCAAAAGGAAAUUCGUCGAACGCAACAAAACAAGAGAGAUAAGAACUGUCACAAAUCUUGGGAUUAAUACAUCACCGAAAAAGAAACUGUUUUGUCGAAAAGACCAACUUCGCGAGAAAAUCAACCAACUGUGAAAAAAAUAAUAUUGAGGAUACUGCAGAGGACAGGCACGAUACAAGACGAAAGAUCAAAGUAAAUAAAUUGCCAAAACGAGUCGCAAAAACACACUGUGGUGUCGUGUCCAGCAUUCCAACCGACUGACGGAAUACAAACGUGCGUGAGCAGUACGAGAAAAAAAAACGAGAACUGAAAACAAAAUAAAUAUGCAAUCGACAAAAAGCACUUAAAAAGCAGCACAUCCGAAGUGGCUUACGGCGAUUAACGAAAAAAUUAUCAAUUGAUUGAGUGACGGCGUUAAUAUGCACUCGAACUUCAUCGUCUUCUGAAAUUCUUCACAUUCUUCCUUUUCGCACAAAACACGAUUUGUGCAUUUACUGUGAGCAAUAACAAGAGCAGACGGCAACAUUCACGACUCAAUCGGGUUUUAAUUUAAUAAGAGAGAAAAAACAACCUGCAAGAGAUAACGAGAGAAAAGAGCAAGCAAACGAACCCACGUGAAAUUUAUUCGUCAUUAUUUUGAAACGAAAUCGUUUUUAAAGAACAAAGAGGACGAAAUCGCAUUGGGAAUACAAAAGAAACUGAUAAAAUCCCCAAAGACACAACAGUAAAAAAACACAGAGAUAGAAAGAAAGAGCUUGAACAUCGAAAAACGAUUUCACAAAGAAAAAUCGAGAUGACAUUUUCGAAUGAUUUUACAAGUGCAAAAUAAAUACAAGGAAGACGGGAAAAAAAUUAUAUGUAUUUUUUUUUUUUUUGAAUCAUCGAAUAAUCAAAUAAACUCUCAACACGAAGCAAAACCGCUUCACAUAACACGUACACACACCACACACAAACUUUUUGUGUUCGUCUGUUUGUCUUUACUUGGUUCGAUGAAAAAAAUUUGAUGAGAAAGCAACAUCGACAAUCAAAAGACAGGCGAGAAAUAAAAUAAAUACAAAGAUAAAAGGAGACGAUAUAGAAACUCAACAGCAGAGAGACAAAAAAAAUAGAGAUACAUACAUCAAACCAAUAUGCAUUGGAUAAAGGAACAUCGGCAAAAAUCCUUAACGGGCAAUGCAUUAACGAUCAUUUUUUUAUUGAUCUUGCACUUCAGCCAAAAUGUUUUCGGUUUGGAUUAUCCGAAAAUAACAGAGCAUCCGCUUGAUGUGUUGGUGCCUCGAUAUGAGCCGGUUACGCUAAAUUGCAAAGCAGAUGGCGUACCAACACCAACAAUCACAUGGUACAAAGACGGCGAACCGCUUAAAAUCGAACCAGGAGUUCAUCGUAUGAUUCUUCCAGCUGGCGGUCUCUUUUUCCUAAAGGUGGUACAUUCACGACGUGAAAGCGAUGGCGGUGUGUAUUUCUGUGAAGCUCGAAAUCAAUUAGGUUCAGUACGAAGUAGAAAUGCAACAUUGCAAGUUGCAGUUUUACGAGAUGAAUUCCGGUUGGAACCACAAAACACACGAGUUGCACUUGGAGAUGUUGCCAUACUUGAGUGUGUUCCACCUCGUGCCAAUCCCGAGCCGGUUGUUACUUGGCGUAAAAAUGGACAAACCAUGGAUUUAACCAACUCAAAACGAAUUCGAAUUGUAGACGGUGGUAAUUUGGCCAUUCAAGAUGCACGACAAUCAGACGAUGGAAGAUAUCAGUGUAUCGCACGUAACGCGGCUGGUGUUCGUGAAUCGUCGGUGGCAUUUCUUAAAGUACAUGUGAAACCAUUCUUGAUACGCGGACCGCAAAAUCAAACGGCUGUCGUUGGUAAUUCGGUAACGUUCCAAUGUCGUGUAGGUGGUGAACCUGUACCAGACGUUCUAUGGAGACGUUCAGCAUCUGGUGGAAAUAUGCCAUUGCAUCGCGUUCACAUUCUCGAGGAUCGCAGUUUGCGAUUGGAAAAUGUUGGAUUAGACGACAUCGGAGAAUACACGUGCGAAGCCGACAACGCAGUCGGUGCUGUCGCAUCCACAGGAAAUUUAAUCGUUUAUGCUCCUCCGGUGUUUAUAACACGGCCAAAGACACAAAUUGUUGAAUUAGGAAAAGAAGCAAUCUUUGAGUGUGAGGCAAAUGGUUAUCCAAAGCCCACCACCUUUUAUUCAAUUGAGGGAAAUCGUACGCUUAUGUUCCCUGGAUACAAGCACGAUCGUAUUGAGGUGACACAAACGCCCGAAGGUCGUCUUUUGUUGUCAAUUCAAAAUGUUCAACGCACCGAUGCUGGGAAAAUUAUUGUUUGCAGUGCUGUAAACAGCGUGGGCAGCACAAGUACACGCGUUGUUGUGACAAUAAAUACACAAGAAGAACGUCCACCACCAAUUAUCGUCCAAGGGCCGGCCAAUCAAACACUUCCAAUCAAAUCCGUUGCCACAUUGCCAUGCAAAACCAUCGGCGGACCUGUGAUUACAAUUGCAUGGUACAAGGAUGGCAUACCAUUGGUAUUAAAUGAUCGCAUGAAUCUUUCGCAAAGCGGCACAUUAACCAUUAGUGAGUUGAGCAAAGAAACUGAUUCCGGAUUAUACAUUUGUGUUGCAAGCACCAAAAGUGGCAGAUCAACAUGGAGCGCUUAUUUAAAACUUGAAGCACCAACAAAUCCAAAUAUUCGAUUCUAUCGUGCACCAGAAGCAUCCACCUUCCCCGGCCAACCCGGCAAACCGCAAAUUAUUGAGAAAACCGACAACAGUGUGACAAUAACAUGGUCGCGAAGCACGAAAAUUGGUCAAUCGAGUUUACUUGGAUACUCAGUUGAAAUGUAUGGACGAAAUGAUACCGAAGGUUGGGUUACAGUUGUACAACGCUUGCAAGACACAACUUAUACACAUACCGAUUUAACGGCUGGCAUAAGCUAUUACUUUGUGGUUCGAGCUGAAAAUACACAUGGAAUGUCGGCGCCCAGCGCAAUAUCCGAACCCGUCAUCGUUGGAAUUAAUGACUUUAACACUGGUCUCGAUCUUAGUGAAGCUCGCGCCAGUCUACUGUCUGGCGAUGUUGUUGAACUAACCAAUGCGACGUCAACGGAUUCAACCAGCAUGAAACUUGUGUGGGAGAUCAUCAAUGGCAAAUAUGUUGAAGGCUUUUAUAUUUACGCAAGACAAUUGGAUUCGGACAAUGAUACAUACAAAAUGUUAACAGUGCUUAAUGGCGGCGGAGCAUCAACAUGCACUGUUACCGGGCUCAUGAAAUAUCAAUCCUAUGAAUUUUUUAUCGUUCCGUUUUACAAAACCGUUGAGGGAAAACCAUCGAACUCUCGCGUUGCGCGCACACUCGAGGAUGUUCCAAGCGAACCACCAUCCCAUAUGGAAGCACUCUUAUUAAAUUCUUCGGCCGUUUAUUUGAAAUGGAAACCGCCAGUGCUUCAAGCUCACAAUGGCGUUUUGCAAACGUAUCACAUAAUCGUGCGUGGUUACGAUGCAAACAUGAAUCGAUCUCGAAUUCUGACCAAUGUUACGAUUGAUGCUACCGCACCAACACUUUUACUGGCUAAUUUGACCGAAGGUGUUACGUAUACGGUCAGCGUGGCGGCUGCCAACCGAGCUGGAUACGGACCAUACAGUACACCGGCCACACUGAGAUUGGAUCCGAUUACCAAACGCCUGGAUCAAUCAACAUUACACAGAUACCCGAUAAAUCACGACCAUAUGGAUGACUUCCUAACAGAGACCUGGUUCAUUGUAUUGCUCGGCUCAAUAUUGGCCAUCAUAAUUAUGUCGUUCGGUGCAAUGGUAUUCGUGAAACGAAAGCAUAUGCUGAUGAAACAAGGCGCACUCGAUGCUCGUUCGAAUAGCGUUUUGAAAAUAUCGAGUAUAUCACGAAAUCGAAAUGGUUUCUGGUUGGAUCCAACGGGAAUGGUAUGGAGACAAACUGAAUUGCCAAAAGACCAAAUAGCUGACUAUGCACCGGUGUGUCAAACACCGACUAUUCAUCGAGACGUUGAUCAGAAUGGAUUCAUCAAUGAUUAUUCCAAUUUUCCGGCCGAUUACGCGGAAGUAUCAACGUUUAGCAAGGCCCCAAGUGAAUGCAGCGGAACACGUUCACCAGCACCGUAUGCAACCACAACACUUGUCGGCAAUUCACGUUUAAUCACAGUAAAGAAUGUAAACAAUCAAAAUAUGUACUUUGCCAGCGACUUAUAUAAUCCACAAAAUCGUUAUGUACACUCCGAAUCGUAUUUCAAUCCAAAAGAAAAAAUCAAUAUCACAGAAAAUCGACUUGGAUGCAAUACAUUCAAUCCAAAUCAUGCAUCUGCAAUGGCAGCAAACACACCGUUCGGUACGAUACGCAAAAAUCGAUUGAAAUUGUUACGCAAUCCACAUUUUCGCAUUGGACAAAGCGAUGGUAAACUGAAUGAUUCAAACGAUAGCAAUGGAAAUUUGACUAAUUCAAAUGCAAAUGGACAACAAGAGCAACUUUAUGUGAAAAUUGGCGAAAUGAAUCCAACAUCAAGUGAAUACGAUUACAGUGGAAUGCGUUGGUCACCACAACAACAACAGCAUCAGCAUCAACAUCAGCAAUCGAUAGAUCAAUACCAUCACCAAAGACCAUCAAUGCAACAAAAUUACGAACAAACAUCUCAAGCGAUGCAACAACAGCCACCACAAUCGAACAAUGGCUCAUCGAAUCAAAGCAUUUACGAGAACCAUCAUCGUCAAAAUAGUGAUAAGGAUAUGAUUUAUGCACCAUCAGCAAAUCGCAGCAUUAUUAGCUAUAUGAGCUCAAAUAAACGUUUCGAUGAAGUGUAGAUGCAUUUAUUUUCACCAUACACUCUGCACAAUACACGCAAUUCGAUUAAUAUAUUAGAAUAAUAUAAAUAUAUUAUUUAUGUGUUAAUUUAAAAAAGAAAAAUGAAAGGAAAUUCGACGAAAUUCUGUAUAUUUUGCCACCCCCCCAAAUCUAGUGAUUUAAAAUGAACGAAAAUAAGGAAGGAAAUACCAAAAUUAUACUCGAAAAAAGAGAAAAUUAUUUGUUGUAUGCGCUUCAUAAAGCAUGGCACCUGUAAAUAGACUUCAAUUUAGACUAUGUAGGCAUAGAAUAGCUAUAUUCAUUUAUAUAUCGUUCGCAUCUGAAAUUAUUCACCCCUAACUUGCGCACACAUUGACACACACACGAACAUAUAUACAACAUUUAUCAACAACAUCCGAAUAAAAUAAGAAAAAUUUAUGAACAAUUUCAUCAUAUUACAACCAAGCAGUAUUUGUAUUUUUCGCUCCUUAGAUAUUAUUCUAUAAAAUACUCAAAACAAAAAAUGCGUAAAUUUUUUAUGUUUCAACGUCAUUUUAUUUCGAAAGAGACUGACACUAUCUUCCUUCUCGAUGUUAUUGCACUUCAUAUUCUCAGUGGACCGCAAUAUUUCUGUUCGGUUUGUCUUUUCAUGCUUACAAUCUCAAUUGUUAUAUAAAUGCGUAGAAUGCGAUGCGUUAUAAUUUAUAGUCAUAUAGAAAAGGAAACCCAGUCGUAUAACUUUUAGAAGCGCCUACGGCGCAACAAAAUGUAUAAAUGUAAUUUAAUAGAAACCAUAAGUCGAUAAAUAACUUUUCAAAUUAGGAGAGAAUAACUGGCUAAUUUAUAUUUAAAAUGGAGAAUAAAAUCAAAUUUAACGUUCAAUGAUGAUGGACACAAAGCAUAUUGAAUUCAUAAACAUUAGCAUCCUAAUAAAUAUAAAUUAUCAACAAAAUUGAGCAAAAAAACAACUAUUAUCAAAUUAAGCAUGUGGAAUAUACUGUGUAAAAUCCGUUACGUAUUAGCAUUUAAAUGAACGUAAACGUCAAUAAAAAUCAUUUAAGCAUUUAAAUUGAAUGAAUUAACAACAACAAAUUUAC